AGUGCCUUUUCAGUUUUUCACACGUGUUAAUCUCUUCCCACUUCAAGUGUCUCCAGAUCUCAGAUAUUUCUCCCUCACAGUCUCUCUCACCCCCUGCGUUCAAGCAUUCAGAUCCCAUUCUCAAUUUUUUUAAUGGAACGCGUGGGACUGUCACAAUUUGAUCCAUUCUCCGAUCAAACUGCGUUUUGUCAUUAAAGUCAUUUUGUUUUUGCAUCUCAUCUCAUCACAUCCUUCUUCUCUCCAUAUUUUCUCAACUUUUUGCUCAUAGAUUAUUCCUAUGGCUCUCCAGAUCAACGACGGAGCCUCCUCUUCUUUCACUCCCCGAUUUAUCCAUGACGUUUUCUUAAGUUUCAGAGGGGAAGAUACCCGCUAUAAUUUUACAAGUCAUCUAUAUCAAGCUUUAUGUGAUAAGGGUUUCAACACCUUCAUAGAUAAUGAUCUUCGGAGAGGAGAAGAAAUCUCAACAGAACUUCUUAAAGCUAUUGAAUUGUCAAUGAUUUCAAUCGUUGUGUUCUCUGAUAAUUAUGCAUCUUCCGGUUGGUGCUUAGAUGAACUUGUAAAGAUUCUUGAAUGUAGGAAUAAUGGACAGAUGGUUCUACCUGUAUUUUACAAAGUGGAUCCAUCAGAAAUACGUAAACAAAAAGGAAAAGUUGGAGUAGCGAUAACUCAGCAUGAAGAAAAAUUGAAGGAUAACAAGGAGAAAGUUCAGAUGUGGAGGACAGCUUUGACUAAAGCAACUAGCUUGUCUGGGUUCCAUUACAGGGAGGGCUGUAUUGAAUCUGAAACUCAAUUUAUCCAGAGAAUUAUUAAAGAGAUAUUAGCUACUAAAUUGAAUCGCACUCCGUUAUUUGUUACUAAACACCCAGUUGGGAUAGAUUCUCGUGCAGAUGCUAUCGAAUUGCUCUUAGAUAUGAAGUCAAAUGAUGUUCGCAUGGUAGGGAUUCAUGGUCUUGGAGGAGUAGGUAAGACUACAAUUGCAAAGGCUAUUUAUAACAGAAUUGCUAAUUUUUUUGAAUUGAGUUGCUUUCUAGAGGAUGUUAAAGAAAAGUUGGAAACGAAUGAUGGCAUAAUCAAACUACAAGAGAUGCUUCUUUCUAAGAUCUCACGGGGCACAUAUGUAAAGGUAGACAGUGUACCCAAAGGAAUUAUUAUGAUAAAGGAAAGGCUUUUUCGUACAAGACUUCUUUUAAUUCUUGACAAUGUGGUUGACACAGAAGUGAUGGUAAAUUUGCUUGGAGAAUGUAAUUGGUUUGCUCUAGGAAGUCGAGUCAUUAUAACAACAAGAGACAAACAAGUGCUAAACACUUUUGGAAAAGAUCAUCCAAUUUAUGAGCUUAAGGAAUUAAAUCAAUCUGAAUCUCGUGAACUCUUCAACCUGCAUGCCUUCCAAAAAAUUGAACCGGAGGAAACUUAUUCAGAAGUUACAGAGCAAAUCAUACAUUAUGCCAAUGGCCUUCCAUUAGCUCUUAAAGUAAUUGGUUCUGAUCUGUGUGGAAAAAAUAUAUGUGAAUGGAAAAGCGCAUUGGAAAAGUAUAAAAACAUACCUCAUGAAAAAAUUCAAGAAAAACUCAAAAUAAGCUAUGAUGGACUUGGAAGGGCUGAAAAGGAUAUUUUUCUUGAUAUUUCAUGUUUCUUCAAGGGAUUAAAGAAGGAUUAUGUAGUGAAUAUAUUAGACGCUUGCAACUUAUAUCCUGAUUAUGGAAUUAGAAAACUUAUAGAUAAGUGUCUCAUAACUGUUGGUCAAUCUGGCAAUUUGUGGAUGCAUGACUUGCUUCAACAAAUGGGGAGAGAAAUUGUUCAACAAGAAUCAAAAGAGCUUGGAGAACGUAGCAGGAUAUGGUGUUUUGAGGAUGCUGAAGAACUACUAACUACAAAUAUGGGAUCAAGUAAAAUUCGGGGAAUUAUGUGUUGCUCACCUCACCCGAUAAAGAUGCAAAUAGAAGCUAAAGUUUUUGAAAAGAUGGUAAAUCUCAAAUUUCUAAUAGUUCGUAAUGUACACAUUUGUGAAGAACUCGAAUAUCUCCCCAACGGGUUAACGUUGCUUCAAUGGCCUGAAUUUCCAUUUUCCUUGCCAUCCAAAUAUUAUCCUCGACAACUUGUUGAACUUGAGAUGCCAAGAAGUCUUAUUAGAUUGGAGACAACAUUCAAAUUGGGAAUCCAACUAAAAUAUUUAAAAUAUAUCAAUCUCAAAGGGUGUGAGUCCAUUACAAAAUUACCUGAGUUGUGUACCCCAAGCCUAGAAACAUUGAAUCUUUCCUAUUGUCAAAAUUUAGUUGAGGUUCAUGAGUCAGUUGGAUUUCUUGAUAAGCUUCAGGUAUGGGAUCUCCAAGAUUGUGGAAAACUUCAAACUCUUCCAAACAACCUCAUGUUGAAAUCUCUUGUGGAAUUUGUUCUUAGGGACUGCUUAAGGCUGGAGAAGUUUCCUAACAUUCAUCCAGAAAUGAAAUGUUAUAAUUUAAAUUUACGUGGGAGUGGUAUUCGAGAGUUGCCAUCAUCUAUUAAGUAUCUCACUGGGCUUUGUGGCUUAAACUUAGAGGAUUGCGGAAACCUUAGGUAUCUUCCCGAUGACAUCUAUAAAUUACAACAUCUUUUUGGACUAUAUAUACCCACUGCCAAAUUGAGACAGACAUACGAUUAUUUGGAUGACUUUUCCAGAUAUGGGUUUCUGAGGUUGACGUCCUUGAGUUUCAGGGGCAAUAAAAAUAUAAUUGAAUUAGAUUUUUUGAUGAAACCCGAGUACUUCCCCGUAUUGAAUUCUCUAAAUCUAUCUGCAACUAAUAUUGUUAGCAUCCCUGAAAGCCUUAGCAGAUUUACUACAUUAGGGUUCCUUGAUAUACAACAUUGCAAGCAGCUUCGGGAAAUUCCAAGGCUUCCACAAUUGGUAGAAUUUGUGAAUGCAAGCAAAAGCUAUUCCUUGAAUCCACAAUCAUUAAGCACAUUACUGAAUCAGGUUGGAGAAAUUUUAGGGAUUUUACCAAAUAGAGCAUGUAAAGGAGCAAGAAGUAGGAUAUUAAUGGAUCCACAAACAUCAUCAAGCGAAUUAUUGAAUGAUGAUAAAUUUGAUAUUCUACUACCAGUAACUGAGAUUCCAAAGUGGUUGAACUUAAACCAUGAAAGUGAUAGAGAUGUCGUAUCAUUUUGGGUUGGUCGCAAAUUUCCAAAUCUUUUUUAUGUCUGUUUUGCUUUUGGACCGGCGAACUAUUCACGGCUGUCUUCCUGUGAAGUUUUCCUUUCCAUCAAUGGGUGUGAAAAAAAGUACCUUAGAACAACUUCUAUAGAUACAUAUGAAUUAUCCGACCAUCUGUGGAUAUUUUCUUUAUCUAAUUACGAAUUACAGAAACGUUUGAAUGAGUCAAACCCAUCUGAACUAAAUUAUGUUGAGGUAAUAUGUGAAAUUAAGGGUAUGGGUUCGGUUGUGAUGGAUUGGGUUAAAAACCAUCCAAGAAGGUGGGGGGUACAUGUAGAGUGCAUUUGUUGUUCCCAAAAAUCUGAUGUUUUUCACUUGCCGAGUCCAAGUGCUAGGCAUAAUUGUUGUGGCUCUGAUAUGGAUCAAUGGGCUGUCAACAAUGGAGGAGAUUCCGGACAUCUAUGUGGACGGCAAAGAAGAAACCAUCGACCAACCUAUGCCAGACGUCGCCAAAAACACUACCUAUCCCACUUCGGAUGGCUUCGAAUCCGAUUCCGACUCUGGAAAAGGAGCUCUCGUCCGGCCCUUCCAACUGCAACGCUCGUGUCCAGGGCUCUGCAGGCAAUGGAAGAGAUAGAUCCGAGGGCUUUCAACAAUUGAGAAGAAGAUUCAGGGCUUUCAAUGGCCCACUCUUAUUUCAAUGAUGGUUCCAACUCCAAGUUGUAUCCACCAUCAAAGAAGGCAAGAAAAUCUUGAUUGAACUUCGAUGCCAAGGAUUGUUGCUCAAGUAUUUAUUGUAAACACUUGAAUCAGUAAGGAUGACAGAGCCACAACUUCAACAUUGUUGGGUUGAUUUCUGUAGCUGUUGAUGAAAGCAAUUCCUCAUACAUAUGAGAUUUUUUCCCCAGGAUCCUCUGUUCUGGUAUUUUGAUGACUUCAUAAAUGAUGGAGCUGGGUACAGAUUUAAAGUUUUGAGCUUGUUCUAUACAAUUUACAAAAAAAAAUGCAUCAGGUGUUAUUACAAUUAUCUAUCAUAAGCUAGGAAGUACGGACAUGGACAUGGGUACGGGUACGACAUGGCGACACAAAUAAUUUUUGAAAAAUUAUAACAUGAAACGGCUGGUACAAAACGGAUACAACAUGGGUACAACACCCUAAAUGAAGUGUCCUUACUUCCAGGUCAUAAGUAAAUUCUAAUCUUCACCCUACUUCUACAUUUAAAUGAGCAUAAAAUACAAUAUAUCUAUUGUAACUGAUGUGGAAAAAAAAGGAUGUUAUCUGUAACGUGAAAAUAAAUAUUCCUCGACUUUGACAAGGUACAAAUAUAUUAAGUAAAAACUGGGAAUUUUUACCCUUAUCAUGGCAUGAAGGGAGUAUAUGUUUUCUUAGUUCUUGAAAUUGCUUUUCCUACAUUCAGGCUGGGGCCAGGGCUGUUGAUAGCACAGUGAGGUAAUUGCUUUAAAAAAGAUGCAAUGUGCAAGCAAUACAUAUCUUGACAUCUAAGAAAGGUAUAAUUUGAUUUGCUGUUGGAAUUUGUCAUCAAAUUUUCGCAUCAUGAGUCAUCCCUGAUUAUGCGUUUGACAGCCACUAUAUUAAUAAUGUAAUGGACUUAAUUAUUAGCUUAAUUGGCCAUAAACACACACCUAGGUACCUUGUUAAUGUUAUUGCUUACAAGUGUUAGAACAUUCAAACAGAAACAGAUUAAUGUUAUAAUCUUAUUUUCCUAUGAUCUGCCCAUGUUUGUUUGUGUCAGCAGUGACGUAUCCAUGGCCCUUGUUCUUGUUCAUGCUGCAUAAAUUCAAAGUUGAAAAAUAAGGAGUGGUUGACGAUCCUUAUGGUGGAUUUUUCAUUGCAGAGAACAAAUCUUUUCAGAAGAUUAUCCAGCACCAUUGUUUUCUCCUUGAUAAGUGUCUCAAUGAACAUUUGCUUCUUUAGCCUGUGUGAAGCAUGAGUCUCGAAAAACUUGCAGCCAUUAGGCUCCCUCUUUUUGGUACACAUUUCCCAGAAGAGUACAUAUCAAAGUUAAAGAGUUGUGGAGAAAGUGGAAAAGCUGAAAUCGAUGUGCCUACAGUAUUUAGCAGCAAGGCAGUGCAAAUUCAAGAGGGAAUCUAAAAUGCUGAACUUCAGAGCUUGGUGUCAAAAUUGAUCAGUAAUUCCCUAGUAGAGCCGUACUCCCCUUUUUUUUUUGGUGGGAGGAAAGAAGUAGAGCCAUACUUGACUCAUCUUGUAUAGUGGAUCCUUGGGUGCUGGAAAUGACCAAUAAUUUUCAUAUAUUGAGGAGUUUGUUCAGAUGAAGAAAAUGUGAAUAUGUUCAACACACCAUAUAUGUUGCGUCUGCAAUUUGAAUGUUGUUGUUUGUGUCUAGGAUUUGUGAUUCUUUAAAUAUUUGUAAAAACAUGAAAUUGUUAUUAGUUUGUAUUGACUAUUUUCAAUUGCAAUUCUUGGUAUUAUAGUCCU